AUGCUCUUUGUUGUGCACUUGGCACCUUGGAUUCGUGUACGGAUGAUGGGAGUCAGUUGGGAGGAAAUCCCCCUAGGUCAUCUUGCCAAUCUAUAUCUGGUGGCGUGUGGUGAUAUGCUUCUCUUGGUCGGGUGUCAGGGGUCGUUUCCGGCAAGAGGGGAUACCUUCGAAGUCUUCCGCCUCGACCAGUCGACUGAACAUGCAAUGUGGGUGAAGGUGGAGGAGUUGGAGAAUUGGGCGAUCUUCAUCAGCACCGACAAGAGAAGCCAGCCAUUAUCUUUCAGGAACCCGGAAAGGUGGGGAGGGAGGAGCAACUGCGUGUACUACUAUUCCCAUGAUUCCGAACACUGGGCUGCAUUUGAGCUGGUGAAGCCUGCCUCCAGCCGAAACAGCUUUGUUUUCAUAAGCUCUAGCAAUUUAGUGCAACCUAUGUGGGUUGUCCCUAGCAUGUUCUCCCAGUCCCGUGAUGGUUGA